UGGACGUCCGGCUCUCCGGUUCACCAACAGGAAGUGCUGCUAGCUUCUAGCUGUGAGGGAAAAGAAGGACAGUCAAAAUGCGAACGUCUCUUGUGAACAUCGUUUUAUUUUCGUCCCUGCACGUUUUGUUGUCUUUGACGUGCUUUCAAGAUGUCGUCGAAGCAGCCAGUGGGAAAGGAUUUGGAGAAAACAUCCACUGGAGGACGCUGGAUGACGGCAAGAAAGAAGCCGAGGCCAGCGGGCUGCCCAUCAUGCUCAUCAUCCACAAGACCUGGUGCGGAGCCUGCAAAGCGCUGAAGCCCAAAUUUGCUGAGUCCAAGGAUAUCUCUGAACUUGCACACAACUUUGUGAUGAUCAACCUCGAGGAUGAGGAGGAGCCAAAGGAUGACGCCUACACCCCCGAUGGAGGAUACAUUCCUCGGAUUCUUUUCCUUGAUCCAAGCGGUAAAGUCCACCCUGAAAUCACCAACAAAAAUGGGAAUCCAAACUACAAGUACUUCUACAGCAGCGCAGAACAAGUUGUGUCCGGCAUGAAGGAGGCGCAGGAGAAGCUGACGGGCGACGCCUUCAAACUGGGCCACACCGGAGACGAGCUGUGAGGAGGAAGAGGAGGGACAGGCAUCCGGCUGUAAGGGCUACACUUCCUCUACCUGAGCAUCAGGUUACUCUCCCAAACGUCCAGUUGUACCGAUUCUAGAGUGUGUGUGUGUGUUUGAGGAGGGGGACGCUCACUGAAGAAAACCAUUAAGAUCGGUGCUCGAUUAUUCCUUAUGUCUUGUAUGUUUUUUUUCCUACUAACUUAUCACCUCUAUUUUCUACUGUCAUCACUGAGGAGGAUAUAACCUAUAUAACAGUGGGAACUCAUUUUCAUAUGCUGCUGGAUGAGAACUUGACAUCUGGAAAAUGCCAACUUUAAGUAAAUUACCAAGUGCAUCACAUCAUUUCAAAGCCCACCGUGGAGUUAACUGCUUAAUUCACUUUAACCAAUAGUUUUCACCCAGAAGCUGUGACGUGCUUCCAAAGAUGCCCUACGGUAUGUAAUUAUGUAUUUCCCCGUGCACAAUGUGGGCUCUCUACUUCGGAUUUAGAUCCAAUCGUUAAUCUGCCAAUGUAUCAACAUUUAGCUACAUUGUGCAAAGUGACGCUUCUUUUUGCCAGCUGUGAAUGAAGGAAACAUUGGUUCUGUGUCUAGAUGUAUUUUAUACAUGUACAGACAAGUGUGCUAAUAAAGUUUGUUGUACGGAGGA